CUACAGUCGACUGAAUACUCUCAGCUGUGUGCGAUCUGCUGUAUGUACAAUACGCAAGUAGACAGUGUGACCUGGAUUUGUUUAAAUCGAGCUUCUCUCCUGUUCAAAUCCGCGUCUUAACAAUGCGCGAUUGUUCCCCAACUCCGUCAACACGAAGCCUACAAUAAGCCGUUCACAUUCAAAAAUCGACAGCUUACUACACAACCAAUAUUGGACGGACGAUUGCAGUCUGCAGCUCUCUCUCUCUCUCUCUCUCUCUCGCCACAUUCGGUGGACAGGAGAAGAGACAACCUCCCUUCUUCAGUCUUCUGGCCGAGCUCCGCAAUGUGAUCUACGAGGAUGUCCUGGGCGACCUAGGCGAUGCCUUCACAUAUUUCGGGGGUCUAACCUAUGUCCAACAUCGCCGCAACCGCGUCGGUUUACUGUUCGUCAAUUGACAGAUCUACCGGGAAACGCACCUCCUCCCUUACUCGAUGAAUUCAAUCACAGCAGGCCCUCGCAUCAAAUUCCAGGAGUGGAUGAAACGACGCACGAGAGAUCAAUUAUGUGCCAUAUCUAGGUUACACUUCGUCUUCGACAGCUUCUUCUAUAAUGCACCCGAUGAGCUGUUUGACACAGUCACCGACUUCGGAUACACUCGCGCAAACAAUCUCGCGAUGAACAGCCUGUUUUUGCAACGACUGGCCUUCCCUGAGUUGACUGGGUUGAAGCAUAUCCUUGUAGAGAUGCGAUCUUACGCAGUAAUAUUGGACGAGCUUAUUGGGCAGAUUGAAUUCCUCCAGGAGGCGAAGAUGCAAACCAAGCGGUUGAACCCCCAAGCCGAUGUGACUGUUGAGUUGAAUUGUCUAGGGGACAAUCUUCGUCAAGCUGAUAUACCCGCUUCCUUGACGACUGGACUCCGGAUAGUGCCUUUUGACAAGUUGUGGGAAGGAGAGGGACGUUCUAUCUUUGACAUUCUCACACGCAUGGGACUCAAUCAGGCUUUGUACACCGAUCAGGAAGGGAGAAGAAAACUUUACGCGACUACUGGCAGGAAUUAAAA